GACUUUAACAGAACCUGGGAUGAAUACGUACAUGGAUUUGGUAACAAACAUGGUGAAUAUUGGCUGGGAUUACAGAAUAUUUAUGAUAUAUUACAAACUUCUGAAAACUUUGAGCUUAGUAUUAUGGUGACAACAGUUCCGAAUUGGUUUCAGGGUUAUUACCGUGGAUUUUCUCUUUCCAAUUUUACUGAUAAUUUUAAGUAUCAUUCUGAUGUAUUUAAAGGAAAUAGUGUCUACCCACUGGGUGAUUCAUUAACUAAUGGUUCUUAUAGUAUCGAAGGUCGACCAUUUUCUACUUAUGAUCGUGACUACUCUAAUAACAAUUGUCCAGACAGGUUUAAAGGUGGAUGGUGGUAUUUAGAUGCUCCAGAAUGCUCCAGAGCCAAUCCAAAUGGAAGACGAAAUGAUUCAAACGAUGAAAGCACGGUUCAAUGG